AUGACAGUUGCAUCUCUCUUAGCAUCUCAUGACAAUGGAGAUAAUUGGGCACUUGAUUUCGUGCCUUUGAAAAACCAUGGGCUUGUGACCUCGUUCAGUGACGGGACUCUGAAGCUGUACCCAGUUGGAGGUCCACUAGGAAGGUCAUUCACCUCGAUCCGCACGAUCAAGGCCCAUGAUUGUUCCAUCAAACGUGCUAGAUCAAUUGAUGGCAACGAUUUAGUUGGUACUGCUGGUGAAGACGGUAUUAAGAUUUUUGACUUGAGACAACAGGGAGACAAAGCUGUGAUGUCAUUCCACAACGAAAGAAAUAUACCGUUUCUAUCUCUUGAUGCUAAAGCGCAUCUGUUAGCUGGAGGUACGGAAUUGAAGCAGCAGGACUCAGAGUUGUACAUCUGGGACCUCAGAUCCACAGGAGUCGUACGGUCAUUUGUCGACUCGCAUCAUGAUGACAUUACAGAGCUGAGAUUCCAUCCAACUGACGAUACAUUCCUCUUAAGUGGUUCAACAGACGGGUAUGUUAACAUCUAUGAUUUGACGAUCCCUGAGGAGGAUGAUUCGUUGUACCAGGUGAUCAAUUUUGCAUCUAUCCACUCUGCUGGAUGGUUAAGCGCCAACCGUAUCUACACUCUUUCUCAUAUGGAAACCUUUGCGAUUCAUGAGUUGAACGACAGAAGCGACUCGAAUGUUGAGCCUCAGCCGUUAGAGUUCGGCGACGUUAGAGACAAGUGGGAAUGUGAAUAUGUGGUUGAUGUGUAUCCUGGGUUCAUUGCCAAGGGUUCUAAUUCUCGAUUCAUUGCUUCGCUAUGUCCAUUUAGGGACGAACAGAUAGAUCUGAUCAACAAGGUUGAUUUGAACAGCGCACAUGGAGAGGAGGUUGUAAGAACAGUUUAUUGUCCACCGAACAGUGAUUUGAUCUAUACCGGUGGAGAGGAUGGAUGUGUCAAGGUGUGGAGAUCG